CGGAGGCGCCCAUAGAUGGCACCACUGUGGAACAGGUGAGCACCAUAACAAAUUGUGUUCUGUCGCCCAAAUAAUCAUCCUGCUGUUCGAACGGCGGAGGCCGCCGCCUUAUGGAGACACCACCACGGGCAGGGCGGAGGAGAUCGGUCAAUGAGAGGAGGGGGAGCCGCCGAUGAAGCCAGGAGGAGAAAAGGACAGCAGAAUAAUGACCGACAUAAGACAGACUGCUGGGGGACUCACUUCGUCGAAUGGCCGUCUGCUGCAGUAAAGUAGCCCAGGCAGUGCGUGUGUACAGAGAGGUGGAGCUGGCGUGAUGGGGGGUGUACUGUCCUCCUUUUUUCAGUCUGGCAGUGCACUCCUGUCCUCUGGCAACCACCGAACUGUCUCAGAAACGACAAAGAAAAAUAUCAGAGUUGUGUUCGACGCUCUUCGAGCGAAUCCUCGAGUUACAGUUCAGCGUUUAGAGGGCCUACUGUCAGCUAUUCCGAAGAAUGAGAACUUACUUUACGUUCACAAUGAAGAAGGCUACAAUUUGCUUCAAAAAGUGGUGGGCAUCAACAACGUAGAAAUGGUGAGAUGGUGUCUGACACGCAAUGUCGAUGUAAAUCGAGGGGUCUGCUCCCUCCCACUUCACAUAGCUUGCCUAAGAGGGUAUGAAGAUUGUGUGGAAGUUCUCUUGAAACAUGGUGCCAGAAUUGAUGUGGAAGCUCGCAUGUGCUGGCCGGGGCCUCAUAACCAGAACUGUGAACAGCGGGGGAAAUAUUGUGGACCUGACAUGAGCAUGGGUGACAGGUCAAGUGAUAAACUACAAAAUGCAAUAUAUUAUGCCAUCGAUGGAGAUCAGGUCGAUAUUUUGGAGUUGUUGACACAACAAGGGGAAGAUCACUGGUUGCCAUGGCAACAGAAGAGGCCUUUGCUGCACAUUGCCUGCGAGCGUGGCGCUUGGAAUUGCGUGAAGUUUUUAGUUCUAGAAAGGUCAGAUGAAAUAAACCAGUGUUACGAUGAAUACUACCCAAUACACCAAGCCGCUUUGCAUGACCUCAAGUUUCUCGAUCUCCUCAUCCAAUGUGGUGCCGAAACGACUGUUCGCACGUACACGCAGCAGAUGACUGUGCUGCACGUUGUUUUCCUCCUGGGUAAAAAGAGCGCAGAAGACACGUUAGAAACUGUUAAAUUGUUACUCCAACAUGGUCUGAAGGAACAUAUUAAUACGGCUGAUUCUCUGGGAAAUACUCCCCUCCAUGCUCUUAUUGUUAGGUAUGCAUUAGAAGAAGCGCGUUAUGGUUACGACCACGAUCCAGCACCCUGGAACAAGUGGGAUAUGCUGCACAUAGUCCGAUAUCUACUGCAAAAUGGAGCUUCGCCGAGCAUAAACCAACAAGGCAACUCGGCUCUAGCUUGUGUACUGAGGCAUGUGAGGGACUGGGAGUUCCGCUACGAGCUUUUGGACAUGUUGCUUCAUUAUGGCGGAAACCCAAACCUUGUGGGCAGAGAUGGCUCUGUUCCAUUAAUGGUCUGCUUGGUUCCCCUCAUCAAUAAGGAUCCACUGCACCAUUUCACCCAUACCAUGAAGAUAUUUUACUUGAAUUGUGUAAGGAUACUUUGCAAGUAUGGUGCUAAUCCCAACUGCUCGUCCCGCUCCAAUCUUACACCUCUUCAUGUGCUCAUGUUCACUGCUAGUGAAAACAUUUCUCUAUCAAGGGAAGAAGAAAAAUCUGGCGCUUUCACCUUCAUUCGGCAACUACUUGUCAUUUUGCUGCAGCAUGGUCUAGAUCCAAAUGUCAGGUUCAGUCAACGCACGCAGCACAUCUUGCUCUCAUUAAUGGACAUGGUACAGAAUGCAAGAACACCUUUCGAUUUGGAUCACGUUUACGACUUAACGACUACGCUUCUGCAGUAUGGCGCUAAUCCCAACAUCAACAUUUCAACCACUGAACCUAUGAUUUGUCACUCUCAGUCAUCUGUCUUCCUAAAAAAGUCGUCCAAUCAGGUAUUGUACUACUAUGUGCAGCUGCUAAUUAGGAAAGAAGAACUUCUGAUUGAUCCAGACCAAAGAUUUGCACGACUCCUUCACUUGUAUUACCUAGCGAUGGAUCACAAGGAACUUCACCAGUGCCUAAAAAUCCUUUAUACCCAAACUUCUCUUGUUCCCAUGAAGCGGCCCCUUACGCAAGUCCUUAGGGAACUUUAUACAAAACCAAGAACUUUGAAGCAGAUCUGCAGAGUCAUAAUAUAUGAUUCUUUAGAAAGGAGAACGGCCCAGAAUGUGAAUAAGCUCCCUCUUCCUGGAAUUUUAAAGGAUUAUAUCUUGAACUUUGAUCCUUGAGACGUUCAAUGGUCGCAUGUUUUGGCGCAAAAGUAAGACUUUUUAUGUAGAUGUCACUGGUGCACUUUGGGAUUGUUACAAUAGCGGUAAAUAUUUGAAAGUUAGAUGGUUUGUUGUACAUAAAAUUCCAGUGAAGUACAUCAGCUCUUUGUAUAAUUUAACAGGUUAUCUUGGAUUGUUAUAUGUGAUGUAUUGCUAGGAAAUCUACAGCACCAGGUUACCUCAAAGGGUGAGACAUCCGAUAGCAUUCACGUUUUUGCCAAGCUGGUUCAUUUUACAAGUUUUAUGCUUAAGUUGAUGUUAUUAUAUGCUGAAGAAAGCGAGGAUAUAUAUGCAAAGCAGCACCUUGCAUAUUAUAACUGGUGACUUGAGUUCUAUUACUUGAAGGCAUCUAUAGUGAUAAAAGUCCGGGAGGACGACUGCCAAAGGUACUUUGGCAUAAACUGUCCAGAUUUAUAAAAAAAAAAGAAAAAAAAAGCUUUAGUAUAAAAUAUGAGCUUCAUAUAGUUACCUUAUGUAUAUACAGUGUAUAUAUUGGACAUUCUCUUUUGGCACUGGUGCUCGAAGUUUCUCCGAUUUUGAAAAUUUUUGCCCGUUGUGUAGCUAUGUGUACGUGGCAAACCAUACUUAAAACGAAGUACCGAUUCUGUAGAAAAAUAUAGUGAUAAGUGUACCAGUUUAGAACUAAAUAUGUGCUUGAUAUCACACACAAGAAAAGGGAUGCAAUGCUUUUUACAGAGGACGAGAGAUUCAGAACGGAAGAUUUGAUCUGAGUAAUGUUGAGCCUUAUCCCCCAUAUCCCCACUAAAAUAGAAAAAUUUAAAAAAAUAAAAAAAAAGAUAAAAACCAAUAAUAAAAAAAAAAAAAAUUGAAGCAAUUUUGUGGAAGGAAAAUACUCUUUUAUCAGGUGUUAGAAUUCCUAUCUUGUUACUUCAGUGCUCGAGUUUCGCAGAUAAGUAAGCUCUCGAGUUUUAACCAAAGAAAACCGUUACUUUGAAGAUGUGUGUUUUUGACAUCUUUUCUGAUUGGGACCUUUUGGGUAUACUAUAUUCAGAAUGUUUUCAGCUUCUUGCUUCUCCAGACCAAAUAUAUAAACAUUUUUUGUAAAUAUUGUGAAAACCAUGUUAUAUUUUAAUUUGGUGAAUAUGAUUUAUGUAAAUUUCAUCAGUUUGUUAUUAAACUAAGUCUAAGUU